AUGGUGCGUGCUGCAUGCAUGGUGCGUGCUGCAUGCAUGGUGGGUGCUGCAUGCAUGGUGGGUGCUGCAUGCAUGGUGCGUGCUGCAUGCAUGGUGCGUGCUGCAUGCAUGGUGCGUGCUGCAUGCAUGGUGCGUGCUGCAUGCAUGGUGCGUGCUGCAUGCAUGGUGUGUGCUGCAUGCAUGGUGUGUGCUGCAUGCAUGGUGGGUGCUGCAUGCAUGGUGGGUGCUGCAUGCAUGGUGCGUGAUGCAUGCAUGGUGCGUGCUGCAUGCAUGGUGCGUGCUGCAUGCAUGGUGCGUGCUGCAUGCAUGGUGCGUGCUGCAUGCAUGGUGCGUGCUGCAUGCAUGGUGUGUGCUGCAUGCAUGGUGUGUGCUGCAUGCAUGGUGGGUGCUGCAUGCAUGGUGGGUGCUGCAUGCAUGGUGCGUGAUGCAUGCAUGGUGCGUGCUGCAUGCAUGGUGCGUGCUGCAUGCAUGGUGCGUGCUGCAUGCAUGGUGCGUGAUGCAUGCAUGGUGGGUGCUGCAUGCAUGGUGGGUGCUGCAUGCAUGGUGCGUGCUGCAUGCAUGGUGCGUGCUGCAUGCAUGGUGCGUGCUGCAUUCAUGGUGCGUGCUGCAUGCAUGGUGCGUGCUGCAUGCAUGGUGCGUGCUGCAUGCAUGGUGCGUGCUGCAUGCAUGGUGCGUGCUGCAUGCAUGGUGCGUGCUGCAUUCAUGGUGCGUGCUGCAUGCAUGGUGCGUGCUGCAUGCAUGGUGCGUGCUGCAUGCAUGGUGGGUGCUGCAUGCAUGGUGGGUGCUGCAUGCAUGAUGCGUGCUGCAUGCAUGGUGCGUGCUGCAUGCAUGGUGUGUGCUGCAUGCAUGGUGCGUGCUGCAUGCAUGGUGCGUGCUGCAUGCAUGGUGCGUGCUGCAUGCAUGGUGCGUGCUGCAUGCAUGGUGCGUGCUGCAUGCAUGGUGCGUGAUGCAUGCAUGGUGCGUGCUGCAUGCAUGGUGGGUGCUGCAUGCAUGGUGGGUGCUGCAUGCAUGGUGCGUGCUGCAUGCAUGGUGCGUGCUGCAUGCAUGGUGCGUGAUGCAUGCAUGGUGCGUGCUGCAUGCAUGGUGGGUGCUGCAUGCAUGGUGGGUGCUGCAUGCAUGGUGCGUGCUGCAUGCAUGGUGCGUGCUGCAUGCAUGGUGCGUGCUGCAUGCAUGGUGCGUGCUGCAUGCAUGGUGCGUGCUGCAUGCAUGGUGCGUGCUGCAUGCAUGGUGCGUGCUGCAUGCAUGGUGCGUGCUGCAUGCGUGGUGCGUGCUGCAUGCGUGGUGCGUGCUGCAUGCGUGGUGCGUGCUGCAUGCGUGGUGCGUGCUGCAUGCAUGGUGCGUGCUGCAUGCAUGGUGCGUGCUGCAUGCAUGGUGCGUGCUGCAUCCAUGGUGCGUGCAGCAUGCAUGGUGCGUGCUGCAUGCAUGGUGCGUGCUGCAUGCAUGGUGCGUGCUGCAUGCAUGGUGCGUGCUGCAUGCAUGGUGCGUGCUGCAUCCAUGGUGCGUGCUGCAUGCAUGGUGCGUGCAGCAUGCAUGGUGCGUGCUGCAUGCAUGGUGCGUGAUGCAUGCAUGGUGCGUGCUGCAUGCAUGGUGCGUGCUGCAUCCAUGGUGCGUGCUGCAUCCAUGGUGCGUGCUGCAUGCAUGGUGGGUGCUGCAUGCAUGGUGCGUGCUGCAUGCAUGGUGCGUGCUGCAUGCAUGGUGCGUGCUGCAUGCAUGGUGCGUGCUGCAUGCAUGGUGGGUGCUGCAUGCAUGGUGGGUGCUGCAUGCAUGGUGCGUGCUGCAUGCAUGGUGCGUGCUGCAUGCAUGGUGCGUGCUGCAUGCAUGGUGCGUGCUGCAUCCAUGGUGCGUGCAGCAUGCAUGGUCAUGCAUGGUGCGUGCUGCAUGCAUGGUGCGUGCUGCAUGCAUGGUGCGUGCUGCAUGCAUGGUGCGUGCUGCAUGCAUGGUGCGUGCUGCAUGCAUGGUGCGUGCUGCAUGCAUGGUGCGUGCUGCAUGCAUGGUGUGUGCGUGCUGCAUGCAUGGUGUGUGCGUGCUGCAUGCAUGGUGCGUGCUGCAUGCAUGGUGCGUGCUGCAUGCAUGGUGGGUGCUGCAUGCAUGGUGGGUGCUGCAUGCAUGGUGCGUGCUGCAUGCAUGGUGCGUGCUGCAUGCAUGGUGCGUGCUGCAUGCAUGGUGCGUGCUGCAUGCAUGGUGCGUGCUGCAUGCAUGGUGUGUGCUGCAUGCAUGGUGUGUGCUGCAUGCAUGGUGGGUGCUGCAUGCAUGGUGGGUGCUGCAUGCAUGGUGCGUGAUGCAUGCAUGGUGCGUGCUGCAUGCAUGGUGCGUGCUGCAUGCAUGGUGCGUGCUGCAUGCAUGGUGCGUGCUGCAUGCAUGGUGCGUGCUGCAUGCAUGGUGUGUGCUGCAUGCAUGGUGUGUGCUGCAUGCAUGGUGGGUGCUGCAUGCAUGGUGGGUGCUGCAUGCAUGGUGCGUGAUGCAUGCAUGGUGCGUGCUGCAUGCAUGGUGCGUGCUGCAUGCAUGGUGCGUGCUGCAUGCAUGGUGCGUGAUGCAUGCAUGGUGGGUGCUGCAUGCAUGGUGGGUGCUGCAUGCAUGGUGCGUGCUGCAUGCAUGGUGCGUGCUGCAUGCAUGGUGCGUGCUGCAUUCAUGGUGCGUGCUGCAUGCAUGGUGCGUGCUGCAUGCAUGGUGCGUGCUGCAUGCAUGGUGCGUGCUGCAUUCAUGGUGCGUGCUGCAUGCAUGGUGCGUGCUGCAUGCAUGGUGCGUGCUGCAUGCAUGGUGGGUGCUGCAUGCAUGGUGGGUGCUGCAUGCAUGAUGCGUGCUGCAUGCAUGGUGCGUGCUGCAUGCAUGGUGCGUGCUGCAUGCAUGGUGCGUGAUGCAUGCAUGGUGCGUGCUGCAUGCAUGGUGGGUGCUGCAUGCAUGGUGGGUGCUGCAUGCAUGGUGCGUGCUGCAUGCAUGGUGCGUGCUGCAUGCAUGGUGCGUGCUGCAUGCAUGGUGCGUGCUGCAUGCAUGGUGCGUGCUGCAUGCAUGGUGCGUGCUGCAUGCAUGGUGGGUGCUGCAUGCAUGGUGCGUGCUGCAUGCAUGGUGUGUGCUGCAUGCAUGGUGGGUGCUGCAUGCAUGGUGCGUGCAGCAUGCAUGGUGCGUGCUGCAUGCAUGGUGCGUGCUGCAUGCGUGGUGCGUGCUGCAUGCGUGGUGCGUGCUGCAUGCAUGGUGCGUGCUGCAUGCAUGGUGCGUGCUGCAUCCAUGGUGCGUGCAGCAUCCAUGGUGCGUGCUGCAUGCAUGGUGCGUGCUGCAUGCAUGGUGCGUGCUGCAUGCAUGGUGCGUGCAGCAUGCAUGGUGCGUGCAGCAUGCAUGGUGCGUGAUGCAUGCAUGGUGCGUGCUGCAUGCAUGGUGCGUGCUGCAUGCAUGGUGCGUGCUGCAUGCAUGGUGGGUGCUGCAUGCAUGGUGCGUGCUGCAUGCAUGGUGCGUGCUGCAUGCAUGGUGCGUGCUGCAUGCAUGGUGCGUGAUGCAUGCAUGGUGCGUGCUGCAUGCAUGGUGGGUGCUGCAUGCAUGGUGGGUGCUGCAUGCAUGGUGCGUGCUGCAUGCAUGGUGCGUGCUGCAUGCAUGGUGCGUGCUGCAUGCAUGGUGCGUGCUGCAUCCAUGGUGCGUGCAGCAUGCAUGGUGUGUGCUGCAUGCAUGGUGCGUGCUGCAUGCAUGGUGCGUGCUGCAUGCAUGGUGCGUGCUGCAUGCAUGGUGCGUGCUGCAUCCAUGGUGCGUGCUGCAUCCAUGGUGCGUGCAGCAUGCAUGGUGCGUGCUGCAUGCAUGGUGCGUGCUGCAUGCAUGGUGCGUGCUGCAUGCAUGGUGCGUGCUGCAUGCAUGGUGCGUGCUGCAUGCAUGGUGCGUGCUGCAUGCAUGGUGCGUGCUGCAUGCAUGGUGCGUGCUGCAUCCAUGGUGCGUGCUGCAUGCAUGGUGUGUGCAGCAUGCAUGGUGUGUGCUGCAUGCAUGGUGCGUGCUGCAUGCAUGGUGCGUGCUGCAUGCAUGGUGCGUGCUGCAUGCAUGGUGCGUGCUGCAUGCAUGGUGCGUGCUGCAUGCAUGGUGCGUGAUGCAUGCAUGGUGCGUGCUGCAUGCAUGGUGGGUGCUGCAUGCAUGGUGCGUGCUGCAUGUAUGGUGCGUGCUGCAUCCAUGGUGCGUGCUGCAUCCAUGGUGUGUGCUGCAUGCAUGGUGUGUGCUGCAUGCAUGGUGGGUGCUGCAUGCAUGGUGCGUGCUGCAUGUAUGGUGCGUGCUGCAUGCAUGGUGCGUGCUGCAUGCAUGGUGGGUGCUGCAUGCAUGGUGCGUGCUGCAUGUAUGGUGCGUGCUGCAUGCAUGGUGCGUGAUGCAUGCAUGGUGCGUGCUGCAUGCAUGGUGGGUGCUGCAUGCAUGGUGCGUGCUGCAUGUAUGGUGCGUGCUGCAUCCAUGGUGCGUGCUGCAUCCAUGGUGUGUGCUGCAUGCAUGGUGUGUGCUGCAUGCAUGGUGUGUGCUUUAUGCAUGGUGCGUGCUGCAUGCAUGGUGCGUGCUGCAUGCAUGGUGCGUGCUGCAUGCAUGGUGCGUGAUGCAUGCAUGGUGCGUGCUGCAUGCAUGGUGGGUGCUGCAUGCAUGGUGCGUGCUGCAUCCAUGGUGCGUGCUGCAUCCAUGGUGUGUGCUGCAUGCAUGGUGUGUGCUGCAUGCAUGGUGGGUGCUGCAUGCAUGGUGCGUGCUGCAUGUAUGGUGCGUGCUGCAUGCAUGGUGCGUGCUGCAUGCAUGGUGGGUGCUGCAUGCAUGGUGCGUGCUGCAUGUAUGGUGCGUGCUGCAUGCAUGGUGCGUGAUGCAUGCAUGGUGCGUGCUGCAUGCAUGGUGGGUGCUGCAUGCAUGGUGCGUGCUGCAUGUAUGGUGCGUGCUGCAUCCAUGGUGCGUGCUGCAUCCAUGGUGUGUGCUGCAUGCAUGGUGUGUGCUGCAUGCAUGGUGCGUGCUGCAUGCAUGGUGUGUGCUGCAUGCAUGGUGCGUGCUGCAUGCAUGGUGUGUGCUGCAUGCAUGGUGUGUGCUGCAUGCAUGGUGUGUGCUUCAUGCAUGGUGCGUGCUGCAUGCAUGGUGUGUGCUGCAUGCAUGGUGCGUGCUGCAUGUAUGGUGCGUGCUGCAUCCAUGGUGCGUGCUGCAUCCAUGGUGUGUGCUGCUUGCAUGGUGUGUGCUGCAUGCAUGGUGCGUGCUGCAUGCAUGGUGGGUGCUGCAUGCAUGGUGCGUGCUGCAUGUAUGGUGCGUGCUGCAUCCAUGGUGCGUGCUGCAUCCAUGGUGUGUGCUGCAUGCAUGGUGUGUGCUGCAUGCAUGGUGCGUGCUGCAUGCAUGGUGUGUGCAGCAUGCAUGGUGCGUGCUGCAUGCAUGGUGUGUGCAGCAUCCAUGGUGUGUGCUGCAUGCAUGGUGUGUGCUGCAUGCAUGGUGCGUGCUGCAUGCAUGGUGCGUGCUGCAUGCAUGUUGCGUGCUGCAUGCAUGGUGUGUGCUGCAUGCAUGGUGUGUGCUGCAUGCAUGGUGCGUGCUGCAUGCAUGGUGUGUGCUGCAUGCAUGGUGCGUGCUGCAUGCAUGGUGUGUGCUGCAUGCAUGGUGCGUGCUGCAUGCAUGGUGUGUGCUGCAUGCAUGGUUGUGCUGCAUCCAUGGUCAUGCAUGGUGUGUGCUUCAUGCAUGGUGCGUGCUUCAUGCAUGGUGUGUGCUUCAUGCAUGGUGCGUGCUGCAUGCAUGGUGCGUGCUGCUUGCAUGGUGUGUGCUGCAUGCAUGGUGCGUGCUGCAUGCAUGGUGUGUGCAGCAUGCAUGGUGUGUGCUUCAUGCAUGGUGCGUGCUUCAUGCAUGGUGCGUGCUUCAUGCAUGGUGCGUGCUGCAUGCAUGGUGCGUGCUGCAUGCAUGGUGCGUGCUGCAUGCAUGCAUGCAUGGUUGUGCUGCAUCCAUGGUGUGUGCUGCAUGCAUGGUGUGUGCUGCUUGCAUGGUGUGUGCUUCAUGCAUGGUGUGUGCUGCAUGCAUGGUGCGUGCUGCAUGCAUGGUGCGUGCUGCAUGCAUGGUUGUGCUGCAUCCAUGGUGUGUGCUGCAUGCAUGGUGUGUGCUUCAUGCAUGGUGCGUGCUGCAUGCAUGGUGCGUGCUGCAUGCAUGGUGUGUGCUGCAUGCAUGGUGCGUGCUGCAUGCAUGGUGCGUGCUGCAUGCAUGGUGUGUGCUGCAUGCAUGGUGCGUGCUGCAUGCAUGGUGUGUGCAGCAUGCAUGGUGCGUGCUUCAUGCAUGGUGUGUGCUUCAUGCAUGGUGCGUGCUGCAUGCAUGGUGCGUGCUGCAUGCAUGGUGCGUGCUGCAUGCAUGGUGUGUGCUGCAUGCAUGGUGCGUGCUGCAUGCAUGGUGCGUGCUGCUUGCAUGGUGUGUGCUGCAUGCAUGGUGCGUGCUGCAUGCAUGGUGUGUGCAGCAUGCAUGGUGUGUGCUUCAUGCAUGGUGCGUGCUUCAUGCAUGGUGCGUGCUUCAUGCAUGGUGCGUGCUGCAUGCAUGGUGCGUGCUGCAUGCAUGGUGCGUGCUGCAUGCAUGGUGCGUGCUGCAUGCAUGGUGCGUGCUGCAUGCAUGGUGUGUGCUGCUUGCAUGGUGUGUGCAGCAUGCAUGGUUGUGCUGCAUGCAUGGUGUGUGCUGCUUGCAUGCAUGCAUGGUUGUGCUGCAUGCAUGGUGUGUGCUGCUUGCAUGGUGUGUGCUGCAUGCAUGGUGCGUGCUGCAUGCAUGGUGCGUGCAGCAUGCAUGGUGUGUGCUGCUUGCAUGGUGUGUGCUGCUUGCAUGGUUGUGCUGCAUCCAUGGUGUGUGCUGCAUGCAUGGUGCGUGCUGCAUGCAUGGUGCGUGCUGCAUGCAUGGUGUGUGCUGCUUGCAUGGUGUGUGCAGCAUGCAUGGUUGUGCGUGUGUGCUGCAUGCAUGGUGUGUGCUGCUUGCAUGGUGUGUGCAGCAUGCAUGGUUGUGCUGCUUGCAUGGUGUGUGCUGCUUGCAUGGUGCGUGCUGCAUGCAUGGUGCGUGCUGCAUGCAUGGUGCGUGCUGCAUGCAUGGUGCGUGCAGCAUGCAUGGUGUGUGCAGCAUGCAUGGUUGUGCUGCAUCCAUGGUGUGUGCUGCAUGCAUGGUGUGUGCUGCAUGCAUGGUGCGUGCUGCAUGCAUGGUGUGUGCUGCUUGCAUGGUGUGUGCUGCUUGCAUGGUUUGUGCUGCUUGCAUGGUGUGUGCUGCAUGCAUGGUGUGUGCUGCUUGCAUGGUGCGUGCUGCUUGCAUGGUGUGUGCUGCUUGCAUGGUGCGUGCUGCAUGCAUGGUGCGUGCUGCAUGCAUGGUGUGUGCUGCUUGCAUGGUGUGUGCUGCAUGCAUGGUGCGUGCUGCAUGCAUGGUGCGUGCUGCAUGCAUGGUGUGUGCUGCAUGCAUGGUGCGUGCUGCAUGCAUGGUGUGUGCUGCUUGCAUGGUGUGUGCUGCAUGCAUGGUGCGUGCUGCAUGCAUGGUGCGUGCUGCAUGCAUGGUUGUGCUGCAUCCAUGGUGUGUGCUGCAUGCAUGGUGUGUGCUGCAUGCAUGGUGUGUGCUGCUUGCAUGGUGUGUGCUGCAUGCAUGGUGUGUGCUGCUUGCAUGGUGUGUGCUGCAUGCAUGGUGCGUGCUGCAUGCAUGGUGUGUGCUGCUUGCAUGGUGUGUGCUGCAUGCAUGGUGUGUGCUGCAUGCAUGGUGUGUGCUGCAUGCAUGGUGUGUGCUGCAUGCAUGGUGUGUGCUGCUUGCAUGGUGUGUGCUGCUUGCAUGGUGUGUGCUGCUUGCAUGGUGUGUGCUGCAUGCAUGGUGCGUGCUGCAUGCAUGGUGCGUGCUGCUUGCAUGGUGCGUGCUGCAUGCAUGGUGCGUGCUGCUUGCAUGGUGUGUGCUGCUUGCAUGGUGUGUGCUGCAUGCAUGGUGCGUGCUGCUUGCAUGGUGCGUGCUGCAUGCAUGGUGCGUGCUGCAUGCAUGGUGCGUGCUGCAUGCAUGGUGCGUGCUGCAUGCAUGGUGCGUGCUGCAUGCAUGGUGCGUGCUGCAUGCAUGGUGCGUGCUGCAUGCAUGGUGCGUGCUGCAUGCAUGGUGCGUGCUGCAUGCAUGGUGCGUGCUGCAUGCAUGGUGCGUGCUGCAUGCAUGGUGUGUGCUGCAUGCAUGGUGUGUGCUGCAUGCAUGGUGUGUGCUUCAUGCAUGGUGCGUGCUGCAUGCAUGGUGCGUGCUGCAUGCAUGGUGUGUGCUGCUUGCAUGGUGCGUGCUGCUUGCAUGGUGUGUGCUGCAUGCAUGGUGCGUGCUGCAUGCAUGGUGCGUGCUGCAUGCAUGGUGCGUGCUGCUUGCAUGGUGCGUGCUGCUUGCAUGGUGCGUGCUGCAUGCAUGGUGCGUGCUGCAUGCAUGGUGCGUGCUGCAUGCAUGGUGCGUGCUGCAUGCAUGGUGCGUGCUGCAUGCAUGGUGCGUGCUGCUUGCAUGGUGCGUGCUGCUUGCAUGGUGCGUGCUGCUUGCAUGGUGCGUGCUGCUUGCAUGGUGCGUGCUGCUUGCAUGGUGCGUGCUGCAUGCAUGGUGCGUGCUGCAUGCAUGGUGCGUGCUGCAUGCAUGGUGCGUGCUGCAUGCAUGGUGCGUGCUGCAUGCAUGGUGCGUGCUGCAUGCAUGGUGCGUGCUGCAUGCAUGGUGCGUGCUGCAUGCAUGGUGCGUGCUGCAUGCAUGGUGCGUGCUGCAUGCAUGGUGCGUGCUGCAUGCAUGGUGCGUGCUGCAUGCAUGGUGCGUGCUGCAUGCAUGGUGCGUGCUGCAUGCAUGGUGCGUGCUGCAUGCAUGGUGCGUGCUGCAUGCAUGGUGCGUGCUGCAUGCAUGGUGCGUGCUGCAUGCAUGGUGCGUGCUGCAUGCAUGGUGCGUGCUGCAUGCAUGGUGCGUGCUGCAUGCAUGGUGCGUGCUGCAUGCAUGGUGUGUGCUGCAUGCAUGGUGUGUGCUGCAUGCAUGGUGUGUGCUGCAUGCAUGGUGUGUGCUGCAUGCAUGGUGUGUGCUGCAUGCAUGGUGUGUGCUGCAUGCAUGGUGUGUGCUGCAUGCAUGGUGGGUGCUGCAUGCAUGGUGGGUGCUGCAUGCAUGGUGGGUGCUGCUUGCAUGGUGCGUGCUUCAUGCAUGGUGCGUGCUGCAUGCAUGGUGUGUGCUGCAUGCAUGGUGUGUGCUGCAUGCAUGGUGCGUGCUGCAUGCAUGGUGCGUGCUGCAUGCAUGGUGCGUGCUGCAUGCAUGGUGCGUGCUGCAUGCAUGGUGCGUGCUGCAUGCAUGGUGCGUGCUGCAUGCAUGGUGUGUGCUGCAUGCAUGGUGUGUGCUGCAUGCAUGGUGCGUGCUGCAUGCAUGGUGCGUGCUGCAUGCAUGGUGCGUGCUGCAUGCAUGGUGUGUGCUGCAUGCAUGGUGUGUGCUGCAUGCAUGGUGUGUGCUGCUUGCAUGGUGUGUGCAGCAUGCAUGGUGCGUGCUGCAUGCAUGGUGCGUGCUGCAUGCAUGGUGCGUGCUGCAUGCAUGGUGCGUGCUGCAUGCAUGGUGCGUGCUGCAUGCAUGGUGCGUGCUGCAUGCAUGGUGCGUGCUGCAUGCAUGGUGCGUGCUGCAUGCAUGGUGUGUGCUGCAUGCAUGGUGUGUGCUGCAUGCAUGGUGUGUGCUGCAUGCAUGGUGUGUGCUGCUUGCAUGGUGCGUGCUGCAUGCAUGGUGCGUGCUGCAUGCAUGGUGCGUGCUGCAUGCAUGGUGCGUGCUGCAUGCAUGGUGCGUGCUGCAUGCAUGGUGCGUGCUGCAUGCAUGGUGCGUGCUGCAUGCAUGGUGCGUGCUGCAUGCAUGGUGGGUGCUGCAUGCAUGGUGCGUGCUGCAUGCAUGGUGCGUGCUGCAUGCAUGGUGCGUGCUGCAUGCAUGGUGCGUGCUGCAUGCAUGGUGCGUGCUGCAUGCAUGGUGCGUGCUGCUUGCAUGGUGCGUGCUGCUUGCAUGGUGCGUGCUGCUUGCAUGGUGCGUGCUGCUUGCAUGGUGUGUGCUGCUUGCAUGGUGUGUGCUGCAUGCAUGGUGUGUGCUGCAUGCAUGGUGUGUGCUGCAUGCAUGGUGUGUGCUGCAUGCAUGGUGUGUGCUGCAUGCAUGGUGUGUGCUGCAUGCAUGGUGCGUGCUGCAUGCAUGGUGCGUGCUGCAUGCAUGGUGCGUGAUGCAUGCAUGGUGGGUGCUGCAUGCAUGGUGCGUGCUGCAUGCAUGGUGUGUGCUGCAUGCAUGGUGCGUGCUGCAUGCAUGGUGCGUGCUGCAUGCAUGGUGCGUGCUGCAUGCAUGGUGCGUGAUGCAUGCAUGGUGCGUGCUGCAUGCAUGGUGCGUGCUGCAUGCAUGGUGCGUGCUGCAUCCAUGGUGCGUGCAGCAUGCAUGGUGCGUGCUGCAUGCAUGGUGCGUGCUGCAUGCAUGGUGCGUGCUGCAUGCAUGGUGCGUGCUGCAUGCAUGGUGCGUGCUGCAUCCAUGGUGCGUGCUGCAUGCAUGGUGUGUGCAGCAUGCAUGGUGCGUGCUGCAUGCAUGGUGCGUGAUGCAUGCAUGGUGCGUGCUGCAUGCAUGGUGCGUGCUGCAUGCAUGGUGCGUGCUGCAUCCAUGGUGCGUGCUGCAUGCAUGGUGGGUGCUGCAUGCAUGGUGCGUGCUGCAUGCAUGGUGCGUGCUGCAUGCAUGGUGCGUGCUGCAUGCAUGGUGCGUGAUGCAUGCAUGGUGCGUGCUGCAUGCAUGGUGGGUGCUGCAUGCAUGGUGGGUGCUGCAUGCAUGGUGCGUGCUGCAUGCAUGGUGCGUGCUGCAUGCAUGGUGCGUGCUGCAUGCAUGGUGCGUGCUGCAUCCAUGGUGCGUGCAGCAUGCAUGGUGUGUGCUGCAUGCAUGGUGCGUGCUGCAUGCAUGGUGCGUGCUGCAUGCAUGGUGCGUGCUGCAUGCAUGGUGCGUGCUGCAUCCAUGGUGCGUGCUGCAUCCAUGGUGCGUGCAGCAUGCAUGGUGCGUGCUGCAUGCAUGGUGCGUGCUGCAUGCAUGGUGCGUGCUGCAUGCAUGGUGCGUGCUGCAUGCAUGGUGCGUGCUGCAUGCAUGGUGCGUGCUGCAUGCAUGGUGCGUGCUGCAUGCAUGGUGCGUGCUGCAUCCAUGGUGCGUGCUGCAUGCAUGGUGUGUGCAGCAUGCAUGGUGUGUGCUGCAUGCAUGGUGCGUGAUGCAUGCAUGGUGCGUGCUGCAUGCAUGGUGCGUGCUGCAUGCAUGGUGCGUGCUGCAUGCAUGGUGCGUGCUGCAUGCAUGGUGCGUGAUGCAUGCAUGGUGCGUGCUGCAUGCAUGGUGGGUGCUGCAUGCAUGGUGCGUGCUGCAUGUAUGGUGCGUGCUGCAUCCAUGGUGCGUGCUGCAUCCAUGGUGUGUGCUGCAUGCAUGGUGUGUGCUGCAUGCAUGGUGGGUGCUGCAUGCAUGGUGCGUGCUGCAUGUAUGGUGCGUGCUGCAUGCAUGGUGCGUGCUGCAUGCAUGGUGGGUGCUGCAUGCAUGGUGCGUGCUGCAUGUAUGGUGCGUGCUGCAUGCAUGGUGCGUGAUGCAUGCAUGGUGCGUGCUGCAUGCAUGGUGGGUGCUGCAUGCAUGGUGCGUGCUGCAUGUAUGGUGCGUGCUGCAUCCAUGGUGCGUGCUGCAUCCAUGGUGUGUGCUGCAUGCAUGGUGUGUGCUGCAUGCAUGGUGUGUGCUUUAUGCAUGGUGCGUGCUGCAUGCAUGGUGCGUGCUGCAUGCAUGGUGCGUGCUGCAUGCAUGGUGCGUGCUGCAUGCAUGGUGCGUGAUGCAUGCAUGGUGGGUGCUGCAUGCAUGGUGCGUGCUGCAUCCAUGGUGCGUGCUGCAUCCAUGGUGCGUGCUGCAUCCAUGGUGUGUGCUGCAUGCAUGGUGGGUGCCGCAUGCAUGGUGCGUGCUGCAUGUAUGGUGCGUGCUGCAUGCAUGGUGCGUGCUGCAUGCAUGGUGCGUGCUGCAUGCAUGGUGGGUGCUGCAUGCAUGGUGCGUGCUGCAUGCAUGGUGCGUGCUGCAUGCAUGGUGCGUGAUGCAUGCAUGGUGCGUGCUGCAUGCAUGGUGGGUGCUGCAUGCAUGGUGCGUGCUGCAUUCAUGGUGCGUGCUGCAUGCAUGGUGCGUGCUGCAUGCAUGGUGCGUGAUGCAUGCAUGGUGCGUGCUGCAUGCAUGGUGUGUGCUGCAUGCAUGGUGCGUGCUGCAUGCAUGGUGCGUGCUGCAUGCAUGGUGCGUGCUGCAUGCAUGGUGUGUGCGUGCUGCAUGCAUGGUGCGUGCUGCAUGCAUGGUACGUGCUGCAUGCAUGGUGCGUGA